GCCACAAUUACAGCUAAUUUGAUAAACUACUCAUUUUUGUUUUGAAAUGGUUGGGAUUUACUUUUUUCAGUUCAGAAAUAUCUCUCAUCGGAUCGGUCACUGGAAACUAUAGUGACGGUAUUCAAAAACGAAAUUUGUAUGGAAACUGAUGUGCACGUUUUCGUGUAAAAAUAAUCGAUUAAAGUAAUCGAUUAAAUUAAGAACAUUGUGCUUUUAAAUUGGAUUAAGUGUUAAAACAUUGGAAUUAAACCGGCACACUCAGGCUUACAUUAAGACGUCAAAUUGCAUAAAGAGAUAGGAUAAACAUGGAAAAUAUUGAUGUCGGAGGAUUGGCGGCCAAUCGACCGAACCUCGUAUUCGAGGAGGGGUCUAAUAGCAUACCGGAUCUUCUUGACUCGCACCUGCUUCCGGUUGUUGCGCAGUACGACACCGCCAAACACCCCCUUCCGCCAGAUGAACUUAAUUUUGACCUUUCCCAGCCUUUGCUGCUGUACAAGAAGCGUAACAUACAGAAAGUGACCACGCGGUCUCUGUACAUCGAGAACGGCCGAUACGAGGAGGUGGGGGAGACGCUGCUCAUACCGGAAGACUAUAAGGGUUGGUUUGCCGUACUACAGCGGGUUACCGGAAACAUACAAGCAGACGACACCGUCCCGCACUUUAAAAGCGUAGAGGAAGUCGCAAACUCGAAUACCGACCGAUUUCUGGUAGGCGGCACAAAGCAGCUCACCGGUUUUCAUAUCCACGAUGGCCCAUGCGCGACAGCAAAACGCGAACCACGUGACAUCAUGCCCGGUGACUUGUUGACCAACGAAAAACCGGAGUACGGGGAAGUCAAAAAGCGUUCGCGGUUGUUCAGAAGGCCAAAAUACAUCACCGAAAAGUUUCUCCUGUGUCGCGACGAGGCGGACCGCAAGAUCCUACUUCCGUUUGAGCAGAAGGGAAUCUUUUAUCAGGUCUCCCACAAGUCCGGUAAAGCGCAAAACAAUGUUCUUCAGAUGAGCGACAUCGUUGCCAGGAAAUUGACACCUCGCAUUCUAAAGCUUGUGUUCGGCCGAUUUCCGAUAACCCCGCGUUUGUUUACCGGUUUGAUGAAAGCCGAAUCGGCAUCGCUUGAGACAUCAAUCAUUGCGUCGACUAUCGUCAAUAACAAGAACAUUCUGAUGGAGAUUCCAAUGACGUCCUCUAUGUACUUCCGCGUCGCGGUCAUGACCGACGACCUACGUCAAAACCCUUGCUUCCGGAGCGCGAUGAGCCUGAGUGCAGAGCGUGCCAUAACAUACAUGCGAAACAUCAAGGUUUGUUACAAUUUCGCCGAGACAGAGGAAGAAGCGGCCACAUCAACACAGGUCUGUAACCGCGAGCAAAGUAAACAGUUUCCGAAAUUAAACGCGGGAGAUGAGGAUGCGAUCAGAAGUUUGGAGUACGCCGAAACUCCUUCACCAAAAAGACAGAAACGUCGGACGACUCUGAGUAUUGCUCAUCAAGAUCUUACACGCGGGCGCUCGGCUGAGAAACAUGAGUUCGUCUGUGUAAGACCCGCACGUGCGCUUUCAACCGGGCGAAUGAGCUUCUGCUUGGGAAACAGUUAUCUGACGCUUCCGCUGUAUGAAGACGAUGAUGACAACAAGAGAUAUUCUGGAAACAACAACACUUUCAUGGGCACCGUUUUCGAAAAUGAUCGUGAUUUCAAUAAAUCUAAAUUCAUAGGGGAGGAAUCCUCAGAACACACGGACGAUUUAUUUGCCUCGGUUUUCGCAGGCAUUGAACAGGCGACCUCUAUGUCAUGUUUUGCAGCAGGAUCCUAUGAUAGAAACACCAGUGCUAGCCCAGACAAAGAAGGUAUAGCUGCCAAUGACGACUAUAUUCCAGUGUCCAGACGUCGACCCACCACAAGUCCCCCAGAGAUAUCGCCGCCUCCUGUGCCGCGUUCAACUAGCUCUUCCGGUGUAUCGUCCGGUUCAACGACGUCUGUUAGCGACGGCGCGGGCUCAAACAGAGGGUCGACAGAUUCAUUUGAAUACGCUGUUCCAAAAAUGGACGAUCCGCACAAACUUUUGAAGGAUAUUAAAGCCUGCGAAUCGGCCUCUAAAACGGGAUCACCCUUGAAUCCCCACAAGCCCGUCUGCAGACUACCGUCGACAACUAUUUUGCCAACUAUGGUAUCCACACUGCUUGGAUGUGAAAACCGAGAUCUUUUCGACAACGAAGUCGAUGCAUCCGGAAGAAAACAAGUUUACGAAAACUUAAAAUCACUGAUGGAACUUGCUGCUACGCUGAACAAAAUCGAUUCCGAUAACGAAGGUGAUAUUGAAAAUAACUCGGACGAGGAGAAUGAUAAAGAAAUCGAUAAGAGUGACGGAGUGAUAUCGAAAGAACUUAACCUCAAGGAGGAUAACAACAUGGGUCUCACUCUUAAAGAGGCAAAUGGUGUUCUUGUUGGGACUAAGAUGAUUGAACCUUCGAUAAAAAUUAACAUCGAUCCUUCACAAAAAGAAACAAAUCAAUUUCCCGUUUCGGAUGAAAAUACGUAUGAAACACACGAAGUUUCUUUAAAUCUUGAACACAAGUCUGAAAAUGUGUCGUAUUCAAAUAUGGAACAAUCGUGUCAAUGUAUCGAGACGACAAACAAUGAAUCAAGUAACAUGCAUAAACAGGGUGACAUAUUGACUGAAAAUGUAUCAGAUAAACAAACCAAGCAGGAGUUGUUUACAUUUCCUGCAGAUAUCACACGCGGCUUAACCGUUACGACGGAGAAAAAUAUUCAGUCAGAUGAAAAUUCUAACGUCGAAAAGAAAGCGCACGUUGAAUUUCCUUGCGAGGUUGAUAUCACAGACGGCUUAACCGUUACAGCAGCAAAAGACAUUCAAUCAGAUGUGAACGCUAACGAAUGCCAUUGCGACUUUGAUAAGGAUUCUGUGAGUGGUCCAGAAUACGUAACAAAUACUGAAGACAUUAACAAAGACAGCGUGUUGGAGCAACUUGACAAUACAAAAUCUGCGAAUGAAAGCGGAGUGAUUAUCACAAAUAACGUCAGACCCUCGGAUAGUGAGAAUCUUUGGCGAAUCGCAGUGAGGAAAAUGUCCGUCAGCGAGGGGAGUAGCCUUAGUGCACAGCCGCUUGCAUUGGUGUGCGCGGCCAAGAGGCAAAUUGAAUCUGGUAGUAAAUCGCUGUCUGAAUUUACCAUAGACGAUAUUUCCGCGAGUUUCCUUGCAAUGGGUAUAAAGGAAUCCUCCAUAAACAGGCUCAGAUACCUGGAAGUGGAUGGCGUCAAACUCCAGCAAGUGGUCGAUGGCGAUACUAAUAUUCGAGAUUGUUUGGACGGUGUAAACCUCGUGGAUGUGCAGAAAAUAUCCAUGUUUAUUCGAGGGUGGCGGCCAGUGGACGCUGAAAUACUUCUGUAAAAGUAUCCGGAUAUGUGGAUGAGUCUAAUAAAACGGUUAUAGUGUCAUAGUACAUUUUAGUAUACAUUUUCGACAAUACAUGAGAUUAAAUGGUGGUUAGCAUGGACUAUUUGAUUACCUAGUAUUGUUGAAGACUGUAUGCAAAUAUCAUGUCGGCGAAUAGUGUGUACAUACCAAUAAACUGUCUCUACUAUAUAUCUCAUUUGAGUUUAUUGACAUAUUUAGAGAAUACUAUACACAUGAUCGGUACGUUAAAAACUAUUGAAAGUCCGUUUUUGUUGUCUGAUCUAAAGUUCCAUAUUAUUAUAUGGCUUGAAAUUUAGAGAUAGUUUAGAUGAAGACCCGGAGACUUGAAUACUUGUAACUACAUGCAUGAUGCACAAUGCUCAUUACUAUGAUUGUUGCAUUCAUAUAUGGCUUUCACAUUGCUAUAAGAAUACCAUGUAAAUAUUAUUAUAAGGUUGGUGUAGUUUUGUAUUAUUUCUUCCUUGUGGGUUUAACGGGAAGUGUUUGUUUUUUUGCAUCGCACGACAACAAUCUCUUGAUAUGCCACUUCAUGUUGUUGGCAAUGAUGUGCAUCGUAUUAAUAAUUCAGUCAUAAACGUAUACAGCAUUUAUCAGUUGCGUAUUCAAUCAAACGUUGAAUAUUUGUACAACUAAAACUAGUUGCAUUUAAUUAUAUGAGUUAACUAAAUGAACAUUCCUGCUCCACUAUAUACUGUCCAUGUAGGAACUGGCCAAUUACUUCAAUUAGUAUUGACGUUCGACAUGGCCUUCCCGGGGCGUACAUUAUGAGAGGUUCUUUGUAUGGUUUGUUCGACUGUGAUUAAAUCAUUGAAUGUAAAUAAAAUACUUCACAUUUCAACAAUCAAACGUGCAUUUGUAUAAAACACUUUAUGUUUGAACAAUAACACGUGCAUUUGCCAGUGUAAAUAAUGUGUGUCAACUGAUUGUUAGUGGCGGAGGUUCAUAAAUUUGCCUGAUGUACUGCGUGUCGCGAACCAACUAUCCAAAGCAACGUUUGUGAACUAAAAGCUUUUGUGAAACAUUUUCGGUGUUAAUUUUAAAAUGUGUUGAUUUAUAGAUGUAAUUUUUAGUAUAAAAUGUUCUUCAAACGCAUGUCCUCAAUAUUUGUAUAUUUAACUAUUGAUAUUGAACAGUAGUGGCUAGCUCUAUUAUAUAAUUGUAGAAACUUGUAAUUGUCCAUUCAUAUAUUUCUACGAUAUAAACCGUAAUUAUCAUUUUAUUUAUGUUGCUGUAGUGAAUACAUGAAAAUGCAAAUACUAAAACAAUUAAAAUAGCGAACAAAGUUUCAA